UAUGGAGGAGCUCCAGGAGGACCAGCAUUCCCUGGACAAGCUCAGGAUCCUUUGUAUGGUUAUUUUGCUGCAGUAGCAGGGCAGGAUGGACAAAUAGAUGCUGAUGAGCUACAGAGAUGUCUCACCCAGUCAGGGAUUGCAGGAGCAUAUAAACCUUUCAACUUAGAGACUUGCAGGCUCAUGAUCUCAAUGCUGGAUAGGGAUAUGUCUGGCACGCUGGGAUUUAAUGAGUUUAAAGAACUCUGGGCUGUGGUCAAUGGCUGGAAGCAACACUUCAUAAGUUUUGACAACGACAGAAGUGGUACGGUGGAUCGUCAAGAACUGGAGAAAGCCUUGAUGAAUAUGGGAUUCAGGCUGAGCCCGCAGGCGGUGACGGCAAUCACAAGGCGAUACAGCACUCGUGGAAAGAUUACAUUUGAUGAUUACAUCGCCUGCUGUGUGAAACUCAGAGCUCUCACUGAAUGUUUUAGAAGAAGGGAUACAUCUCAGCAGGGUUUUGUGAACUUCCAGUAUGAUGAUUUCAUCCAGUGUGUCAUGAGCGUCUAAAUCAAAAGGAAGCAAGCCAUGGAUGAUCACGAUUAACAUUCCAGCUUGUGUUUUGUUUUGCCAAAUCUUCAAUGAUUGUAUGUUUCAAUAUUGGAAAU